AUGGGGAUUGAGGAUGGUGGACAAACUGUGGACCCACCAACGCUAAACGAAAUACGAAAAGCAGUUAGACAGCUUAAAAAUGGAAAGGUCGCUAUGAAGGACGGGAUCCCGGCUGAGUUUCUCAAAGUCGAAAGCGAGGGGCUGUACUACGCACUCCACCAAAUGUUUACAGUGGCACAAUUUUUUGAAAAACAACAGCUACGCGUACUUGCUGUUCCGUCUUCAUGGAUUCGUGACGGGUUUUUGAUGUGGCCAAAGAUUCCUUCUAAUGAAAAGUUAGAUAAGUUGCGUACAUCAGGAAUCGAAUUCCACGGGGCCAUGAAAAAAAUUCCAGUUCUCGCGGGCAAGAAAUAUAAAUCGCUUGAAGCUGCCGAAGCAGCCGCUGACAGUCUGCUAAAGCAAGAUGUUUCUGAUAUCGAAACAAAGCGGAGAAUAUUAAAGUUAGGUUGCUUUAAUAUUGUCCGCUUUGUUUCGAUAUCAGAAACAUCUUGCUUAAGAAGACUGUCAGCGGCUGCUUCGGCAGCCAAAAUAUCUGAUCUGCGUCCACUCAAAGACUAUAACAAGAUCAUUCAAGAUUUGACAUCAGCUGUACCGAUAAAUGUCUUGGAGAAUCAGCUGAUCGAACCCACACUAAUCACGGAUGAUAACAUCAUAUACAUCAAUACACCGACAAACUGUUCCGAAACAAUCAGAGAAUCAGAUUUUUCGGUUGCUAUCACGAUGGUACCACUGAAGAGCGAGGUAACAUUACGAGAGACGUUGACUAUUCUAAAAACUGAAGUAACAGCCAUGCGAAAUGAAAUGACUCAAUUGAAAAGUGACAUUACUGUCUCAAUUAGACUUGCUGUUGAAGAUUGUUUGGAAAAAAGCUUCCAACGAUUCGCGACAAUACUCGAUAUGGAAAGGAAAGUAGCAUCACACGUAUUAUGUGAAGUGAAUAUAGCAGAGGAGCAUAAACUCAUUGAUGAUGAGGAUGAUCUUAUAAAUUUCAAUAAAAAGUUGGCCAGCAAACAAGUGCGUGAGGAAUACAUCAAAUAUUUCUCCAAAAUAAUUGUACCAGUUGCAUACUACAGUGAAGGAGACUCUGCAUGCUAUUUGAUAGUUGAUCGUCUAUUCACUCGAGCAUUUUGGAAUGCUUUCACUUGGACUGGUAUUAGUAGAGGAACCAAAUCAAAGCGUGGAUUUCGCGAAUUGGCUAAUGUUUUGCAACUUCUUCUCGCCAUAGUCAGCGUUGGUGAUCCGACAUAUACCAGUAUAAAAUUGGAGACAUUUUGCAAAAAUCGACUAUUUCGUUAUUCAAAAUCCAGAUGUUCCAGUAAGCAGUUACGCAAGUCCACGUGUCGUCUUACAAAAAAGAAGAAGGAUGAGGCUUGCAGCAACUCUGUUGAGAUUGAUGGUCACGAUGAUGACGAUGACUUCAGCGAUGAGCUUAUAUAUAAUACCGCAUCUGAUCCUAAUCAAACCGAGUUGCAACCUGAAGUGGAAGUGUUAAUAAGUGUAGAUGAUUGCUAA